UCUUGGGGACCAGGAAUACCCUUGACUUCUGAGCCCUGGUAACCGGCCUUCCUAGGAUCUUCCUGAAAAGUUGCCGGGCGUUGAGGGAAGAACCUGCCCGCAAGGCAGGGCCUCGUGCCGGCGGCAGGUUUUCUUUUUCCACCCAGCACAUCUUCGGGCCCGGGAUACAGGGUUCGGCUGACGAACAGAGGCUCCUUCCGGGCGUUGGAUUUGCUGGAGAGCGGAAGACGAGGGCAGGGCUGACCUCACUCCUAGCCGGGACCGGGAGACCACGUUCAUUCCUUCAGCGCGACUGGGUCCCCGGCGCGGAGGAUGCCUGACAUUUGCAAAGGAUGUCACUGUUUACUGUGCAUUACCGUGCACUGUUCACGGCUGAAGCUGAAUAUUGGAAUGGGAUUUGGAGUCAUCAGAAUGGAAGCAAAGUACAUGAAGGAAAAACAGUUUUUUUUAUACCAGCAUAUUGCCCCUGACUGCUAGUUGCAAAUGGUUUUCUUUACCCAAGAACAUUUGUGAUGUAAAUGAAAAGAUAGCUUUUUUCUAGACAAGUUGUUACAAAUAUGCUUCGCCUAAGGGCUGUUUGUCCAUUCUCCUGGAGAAUGUUUCAAUUUCGACCCUACAGUUGCGAACCAUUAAUUAGCCAAAUGAAUAAGUGUACAGAUGAAGAGCAAUUAUUUGAUCUUAUUGAAAAAAAUAAAGCCAUCCUUUCAGAAAAGCAAUUGGGAUGUGGAUUUAAUAUACUUUGGCAGUUUCAAAAGCAGAAGACCAGCUCAUUGAAAAAUGUUGAAUGUAUCAGAAACCAUCCCCAAUUUCUUACUCUUCUUAAUUUAACUACGAGUAAAAUGGAAUUCUUGAAAGAUUCUACCCUGGUAAAUGUGUUGUACAUCACACAAAAGUUUGCAGUUGAGGCCCAUGACCCGCUAGUUGAAGCACUAGUUACAGAAGCAUGGAGAAGGAUAGAAAGGUUUGAUAUUGAUGUACUGUCAAAAUUUUCGUCUUGCCUAGCAGAUCAACACUUAUAUUUUAGUCCAUUAAUGGGAAAAAUAGCUGAUAUUGUAAAUAGGAACUUGGAAACCAUACAGGACUUAAGGUCCUUGUCUGUUUUGAUGGUCAGCAUAUCUUCUUUAAUAUCACAGCGUUUUCAAGAACAAUUAGUGAACAAAACAGAACUUCUUUUUGACGGCAUAGAUUCUUCCCAGGUCAUCACUGCAAGAAGAAUAGUGCAGUUUCUUCGAAAUAUUAAAUAUAGUUAUUACCCACUAUUAGAAAGGUGCAAUAAAGUGUUUUUAAGCAAUGCGAACCACCUUGAUUUGGAGUCCAUCAGUAAAAUACUUACGCUAUACCACUCUCUACAGUUUCAUAGUUUUGAAUUUAUUAUAAUGGCUAAAAAGAGGCUAACUGAAAUGAUUCCUCUGUUUAGCCAGCCUGCUAGCUUUGUAAAAUUGUUUGUAGCUUUGGGACCCUUGGCAGGACCUGAAGAAAAGAAACAACUUAAGUCAACUAUAUUAUUGAUGUCAGAGGAGCUGACCAGCCAGCAAGCCCUGGCAGUGAUGGGAGCAAUGGAGGAGAUGGAAAGCCGAAAUUCACAUCUGAUUAAAAGAAUUGCUUCAAUUCUCCAUAAAAAUUUGGAUAACUAUAAACCAGUAGAGUUACUGAAGAUAACUCAAGCAUUGAUUUUUCUACAUUUUCGAAGUAAAGAGCUUUUUGUGAAACUCCAAGAAUUACUGCUUAGUUAUUUGAAAAUUAGUGUCAUACCUAGUGAGAUUUGCAUCCUGGUUUGUGCCAUUUCGAUGCUUCCUUCUCCUCACCUAGAUGAAGCAGGGAUAUCUCGAAUCGAAGCAGUUUUGCCGCAGUGUGACCUAAGUGACCUGAACGGUUUUGCCACAUCUGUUUUAAGAUGGAUUGAGUAUGAUCACAUGUAUCUGGAUAGUAAUACUGGGAAACAGCUGAAAUUGCUUCAAAAAUUAGAUCACUAUGCUCAUCAGAGACUGCAAAAUUGCAACGAUUUGAAUCUGUUAUGGGAAGAGCUUAGAUCUUUAAAAGGAGACUGGUUUGCGGAUUCACUCCUUGAAGAAACAGUUGCUACUUUACAGCGUUUGAUGGAUGAAAUUAAUUACAUAAAUGUGGCAAGGAUUGCAUCUUUUAUUUCUAGAACUAACUACCUCAGUACUUUGCUACUUGAUAGGAUAGCCUCAGUGGUCAUUCAGCAGAUUGAAAAGAUCCAUCCUUUUGCAGUCCUUGCUGUUAUUCUUCCAUUCAGCAUCUUGAACUAUGAUCCACCUCAAAGAGAUGAAUUUUUCGGAACUUGCAUUCAACACCUUAAUUCUUACUUAGGUUUAUUGGAUCCUCUCAAAUUAGUGUUUCUUGGUUUCUCUUUGGCCACUCUUCAGUAUUUUCCAGAAGAUCUGCUAAAAGCAAUUUUUAACAUCAAGUUCUUAGCCAGAUUAGAUUCUCAACUUGAACUUUUAUGUUCAUCUCUAAACAUGAGGGUCCAGUUUCGUCUUAUGGAAUUAAAUAGAGCAGUCUGCUUGGAAUGCCCUGAGUAUCAGAUUCCAUGGUUUCAUGACCGCUUCUGUCAACAACAGUAUAAUAAAGAUAUCGGCAGCAUGAAUGGAGCACAGCAGCAGAUUUAUAAAAUGUUAGCAGAGGUACUAGGAGGAAUCAAUUUUGUAAAAGCCUCGGUUCUCACACCUUAUUACCACACAAUAGGUUUUGAGUGUAUCUUGGAUAAAAGAAAAAAACCUCUUCCUUAUGAAAGCCAUAAUAUAACUUUGGGAAAACUGCCAGAAAUGCACUGGGGAUCAAAUACCCAAAUAGUUGGAUCAAGGCUGCCACCAGGAGCUGAAAGGAUUGCUUUGGAGUUUUUAGAUCCAAGAGCUUUUUGUAGAAACAUCCCUCACUUAAAAGGAAAAUCUGCUAUGAAAAAACGACAUUUGGAAAUUUUGGGCUAUCGUGUAAUUCAGAUCCCUCUCUUUGAGUGGAACUCUAUGGCACUGUCGACAAAGGAUGCUCGGAUGGACUACCUGAGAGAACACAUAUUUGGAGAAGGCAAAUCAUGAUCGUAGUUUUUAUUUAAAACUAUUUAUCAUGGUGUGUCAUAUUUGAACUUAUUUCAAUUGUGGCCCACCUCAAUUAAAAAAUAAUAGUGUAGAAUUGAUUGAUUUUAAGGUCAAUUGAAUACCUAUUAAACUAAACAGACAUUUUACAAUUGAAUACUUUCUCUACUAUCUACUUCGGAAAUUGUUUAAAAUUCUUAAAAGACAUGUGGCUUUUAAGAAAAUUAAAUAGUUUACAGUUCAUUGUUUGAGUGCAUACUAUGUGUCAGCAGCUGUUUUAGAUGCUGGGGAUACAUCCAUGAGUGGAGUCAAACAAAAUAAAUGAAUAAAAUGUAUUAUACCUUAGAUGAUAUUAAGUGCUAUGGGGAAAAAUUUGGAGCAAGGUGGAAUAGGAAUAUUGUGGGAGGGUGUAAUUUUACAUAGGGUGAUCUGGGAGUGGCUGACUGAGGUGAUAGUUGAGUAAAGACUUAAGGAGCUAUCUGGGGGUAGAAUACUCCAGGCAGAAGGACCAAUAGGUGCAAAGGUCCUGAGGUGGGAAUAGUCCUGGCAUGUUGAAAAUAACUAGGAAUCCAGUGUGGCUGGAGCAGAACAAGUGGGACGUGGGGGUGGAAGUAUAAUAAAAAGUAAGACAGAUAACAGAGUCAGAUAUAUAUGACCUCAUGGCUACCCUGAGUGAAAUGAGAGGCUGUUGGGGAGUUUCUAGCAAAGGAAUAAGAACUCUUGCUUUAACAGGAUCACUUUUGCUGCUCUAUCAAGAUGAGAAAAGACUGCAGGGGGCAGGUGUUUAAGCAGGGAAACCCAUUAGAAGGUCAUUGCAAUAAUCCAGACAAGAAAUGGAUGGUGAAUUGGAGAGUAGUGGCAGUGGAGGUAAUGAGAACUGGUUAGAUUUUUUUAUGUAUUUCGAAGGCAGAGGCAAUAGUAUUUGUUCACUGAUUGGAUAUGAAGUAUGAGAGAAAGAAAGGAAUCAAAGAUACUCCUAAGUUUUGUCCUGAGCAACUAAAAGGAUGUCACUGGCAUUGACUGAAACGGGGAAGUCCAUGGGAAGAGGGAGGUGGGGGUGGGGGAGAGGAUCACGAGUUUGGUUUGAGACAUGUUGAGAUUGUGAUGCCUUUUAAACAUCUAAGUGGAGACAUCAAACAGGCAAUUCAAUAAAUGAGUUUGGAUGUCAGGGGAGAGGUCCAGGCCGUAGAUAUAAAUUUGGAAGUUAUUAGCUGUAUUUAAUGUGAUGAGAGUAGAUGAAAUCACUAAAAUGUGAUUGGAGGAGAGUGUGAAUGGAGGAGAGGUCUGAAGACUGAGCUCCAGGUGCCCCAACAUGAGGUCUAGAAAAAGAGAAGGAGCCAAAAAGGAGACUGGGCAGGGCUGGCCAAUGAGGUGGGAGGAAUAGUCAUAGGUAGUAACCCUUCCUAGAAGCCAAGUGGGGAAAGCAUUUCGAGGAGGAGGAGGUAAGCAGUUGGAGCAGAUGCUGCUGAUGGGUCAGGUGGGACGAGGCCUGGGAAAUGUCCAUUAAAUUUAGUAAUGUGAAAAUCAUUUGUAACCUUGAAAAGAGUAGUUUUGUGCAGUGGUGGGUGUGAAAACCUGACUGGUUCAAGAGAAAGUGUGGGGAGAUAGGAGUUUUCUUAUAAAUGGAAGCAAAGAAAUGCUAACUAAGGGGGCAGUGGACCAAUCUUGACCUGGUCUGAUCCUACACAUGCUGAGGGAAUAAUGAUUUUCUCUCUGUCCUACAAUAUAUUUAUUCAAUAAAAUAGUUACUGAGGGCCUACUAUGUGAUAUAAUCCCCAGCCCUUCUUCCAAGAAUGAUAUAUUUGUGCUCAGCAGAUAGCCAUAUUGUGACUACCGUCAGGCAUCUGUUGGGUGCAGCUAAUUGGCCGUCUGAAACUUGCUAUCUUCUGACUUCAUGACUCUCAAUUCACUCUGUUCCAAAAUAAGCUGGUAGCCAGAGUGCCUUGAAUCUUAAGAAUAGCUUUAAAAUGUGUGUCCUGCAUGUAUUUGGGUCCAUUGAUAUCUGAUUUAGGCUUAGUUGAAGUACUUGUUUAAUAUAUCAAAUUAUUUUGCAUGACUUGAGCUCCAAAAAUGAUUUUGCAAAAUGUGAACUUCACAGAAGCUUUUGUGAAAAACAGAAUCCUAACAGUAAGCAAAUGAAAGAUGUCUCCUUGUAACCAGUCUCCCUCAUUCUGAAUUUCCUCAUGAUAUUCAUUUGUAUUGGCUGAAAUGCCAAAUUCCAAGUGUUUAUCUAUUUUCAUGAAUGUGUUCUACUUCCCAAGCAAAUGAUUCCAAGAAUUAAACCCCUGAAUAGGGUAAAAUAUUUUAUUAUGCAACUUUUAGAAUAAAACGAUUAGGCUGAUGAUUAGGGUUAUAAAAUUGUUUCCUUUGGAUAUAAAUGAAAAAACCCAGUUAUUGUAUACUUUAGAUACAUGGAAAUCUUGAUUAAAUGACCCUGAUGUACCUUUCACUUAUUGUUACACAUAAUCUGACUUCUCAUGUACCACAUCUCUUUCUCUCCUUUUUCUAGGCUGUCUGAUUCAAAUGGUUUUCUUUAUAUAUAUUCUUGUAUUUUUGUUUGAUGAUUUUUCUAAAUAACUCGGUUUGUUAUAAACAAGUGUUUUUUUUCAUUGAGAUUUAACUUACAUGCCAUAAAAUCCACCCUUUUAAAAUAUACAAUUCAGUGGUUUUUAGUAUAUUCAUGAGGCUGUGCAACCAUCACCACUAUCUAAUACCAGAACAUUUUUAUCAUCCCAAAGAAUUAUUUUUACAACUUAAUUUCAUGUCUGCAUAGUUCAGCACUCUAUUCCCCAAAGCAACCACUCUCUUGCUCUUAUAGUAAGCGCUUCCUUUUUUACAAUUUUAUCACCUUUUACAGUUUACAGAUCAUGCAGUGCAUUUUCAGACAAUAUAAUUUGUCCCCCCUCACCCUUUUAAGUCUGUGUUAGUCUAGAAGUGUCCCCCCAUCCCUUUCUCUUUCUAACAAUUUAUGUGCUGAACAACCUGUAGAGUUUCCCACCUUCUUGAUCUGUUGAUUGUGUCCUCCUGGUAUAGUUCAGAGCGGUAUUUCUCGAUAUAGAAAAGUACUCAGGAUUCUACUUCAAAGAUCCAAGGUAAAACGGAAUUUAGUUGAGUAUGUUUCCAUAUUUAUGGUAGAGAAAAUAAAGUUGUAUCAACAUUCAUCUGUUCUUUAUGUAACUGCUUGACAAGUAAUAAUAGAAUAUUCCAAAUUAGUUCCAAGUCAGGUUUCUCAGAAAAUAACAUGUGUAAGGAUAGAUGCCAAACAUGUCUGUGAAAGCACAUGACACUUCUAAGGAAGUGAUGAUUAGUUGAUGUCUUGCAGUGAGCUGAAUGUGAUGGCUGUGGACAGACUGAGGCCUCAACUUACUGUGUACACUAAGAACAAAGAGCUUGAAUGCAGGGUUUCACAUCCCAGAAAAUGGAAUAGUAUAGUCACCUAUCAGGAAUUUGCAAAUAGGUACCUCUUUCAUGGAAAGUAUAGGUUAAAAAAACAAUGAAUACACACCCUCACCAUACCACCCACUGGCCCCAACUUCUGCCCCAGCAGUUUAAACAAUUAGUCCGUUUCCUAUGGACGUUCCCCCACUGUCCUACCACAGACACUGUAGUUAAUGGCUUGAAGACUGUGAUUUACUGGUUUUAAAUUUUAAAAAUUUUCAAUUUGAUUUAAAUCACAACAUACCAGUGUUGCAAAAAGAAUGGAGAAAAAAGAAAGACCACUUGUGGGGCCAGCCCCGUGGCCGAGUGCUUAAGUUCAUGUGCUCCGCUUCGGAGGCCUAGGAUUUCGCCGGUUUGGAUCCUGGGCGUGGACAUGG